AUGCGCUACUAUGGUGCUAAGAACAUGCGACUUGCAGCAUAUUUGAUAAGUGUUUAUAAUUUACUGGUUCGCUCGAAGUAUGCAGACAUCAAGCUGCCAUCAAUCCAAGAAACAUGGAAAGAACGUUUAACCGAGGAAGAUCGAAAGGAGAUCGCGGAAAAUUUCGAAGCCUUCCGGCUACCCAUUUUCUCUUGA